GGUAAGGUUAUACGACUGUUAGAAUCACACGUUCAUUCCUCCUAACAACUGAGGCCGACGUUUGUUGGCUGCUUUAUUGGUUAUAUCUCCGCUGUUCGUGUGUUGGCAGCACUCGGAGGCGAGAUAAGGGCCGCAGAGGUUGAACAGAGUGACAAGUAGGUCACUUUGGUGUCAACUCUCGCGGAAUCAACAUUACAUUCUCUGAAGUGUUUAAUACGGCUGUUACCUGUUCUAUUCUCGCCCUGCGUAGAAACGUGGGAAGAACAGGAAAGGGACAAGGAAGCGACCGAAAGGGAAGGUCAAAAGGUUGAAUCAUGCAGUUGGAUACCUUGAAAACGCCCUCCGGCUUUUUGAAACUAUUGGAGAUCGCCUUCACCAUCAUCAUCAUCAGCGUGACCGGGGGCGUAAAGGACUUCACCUUCAUCUAUGUAGGCGAGCAACGCGCCAUCUUCUACGGCGGCGUGAUGGUGAUGGCGAUGGUGGUGACGCCGCUGCUGCUGGUCACGUACCUGUUGGGCUACGCCACGGAGAUGCACAAGAUGCCGUUUGAGAUGCUGAUCAACGCCGUCCUCGCUGUCUUCAUGGUGAGCGCCGGAGGUGUGAUCAUCCACACGGCCAUCAAGCCGGCCCACUCAUACCAAGAUCUCCUCGGAUCGGUGGACAAGCUGGGCCCCCACCAAGAUCUCCUCAAAUCGGUGAACAAGCUGGGCUCCCAUCUCCUCGAAUCGGUGAACAAGCCGGGCCCCCACCAAGAUCUCCUCAAAUCGGUGAACAAGCUGGGCAGCUUUUACUAUGAUUCCAUCAAAGGGAAGGCCGCUGGGUCAUUUGCAAUUAUCAACAGUAUCAUCUAUGGCGUUGAUACCUUCUUCGCUAAACAGAGCAUUGGUACUGUAGAAUAGGUCAGAAUUUCAUUGGAAUCGUUCAUUUUGUGACAAAAGUGUGAAAAUUGGUACACGGGUAGAUAUUUGCAUGCUCUUUCAUAUAAGCGCAGGACACGUCAUCGGAGCCCAUUUACGGCCGCCAUCUUGGAAUUUCAAAAUGGCAGACAUUCAAAAACGAAUUUGCAAUAUCUCAGCUCCUAGAACAUAGCCAUGGAUCAGGCCCACGAGCAAAUGAAUGGCCACAUCAAGGGUGAUAGUGGUGUGAUUGGAAUUACAGAUACUCCCUCUGCUCUGAUAAGGUGGAUAAGAGCUGGUCCAGAUAUUGCUAGAAUAAUUGACGAGUUUGAAAACUCAUCUGGAAUGUGUCACACAGAAUCCACACACCAUCAUGAUCAGGGCCCUCAGUGCAGUCAAAGUUUGCUGAACAUGUGAAGGCAAUGGUCGCUAUGUUUCAGCAAUUGGGUAACCCAUUCACUGAAGACAGUAAGGAUCUAAUUGUGCUGGACACCAAGGAAGUCCAGGGAGAAGAUGCAUUAAUGUCUCUCAAGACUGUUAAACGAGAAGGACAAGCACAGUACGAGAAGUAUGUUAACCCGUCCGCUGCGAUCGGUACGGAUUUGUCCUUCACUGGUAGCCUGGUAACACAUAGUCCCAGGUCUUUCUGCCUCUGUGGUGGAUAGUGGAGUGUUUCCCAUGUGGUAUUGGUGUGCUGGAUAUCCCCUCCCAAGGCACAGGAUUUUACAUUUUUCUUCAUUGAAUUGUAGCAGCCACUUUUUGUUCCACUCCUGUACCUUGAUGUCUUCUUGUACGAAAUCCGCAGUCCAGGGGUUGACGAGAGGCUUGAACAACGGUUGGUACCAAUUUCAGACAUCAUUCCCAAGAACAACGUGGCUCCCUUCCAGAAGACCUCCCCACCACAACAAUCAAAGACUUUAUAUAAAAUGAGGACCCUGAAGAGCAACUGUGAAUUGUUUGCUAAAAUGUACAUAUCUUGCCAGUCCAGAAAUGGUAACAUGGAUGAAUUUUUCAGACAUGAAAAUCAAGGUUCUCCACCAUCUCUUUCAGACAUGGGAAAACUUAGACUCUGCACAAAGUCAGCUCUCAUUGAAUGUUUUGACAAGUUGGCUACAUCGUCUGAGUAUGACCCACCAGAAGUAGAUGCAAAAAUUCUAGACGGUUCUGUCAUCGUCAACAUGUUGCCUCCCAAAUCCUGUUCAACGUUUGGUGACUAUGCGGAAGGAAAGUUGGAAAGUUUCGUUUAGUCGGCGCAACAUCUGUGGUCAUAUGCCGGAGAGAGACAGAAGGGGAAGGAAUUAUAGGAGAAGGGAACAGAUCCCAGGAGACGGGACACAACCCCCGAUUAAUACCUGGUACCCAUUCACUGCUGGGUGGACAGGGGCGUAGGGUAUCGGAAAAGCCGCCCAAAUUUUUCCACUCCGCCCGGGAAGUGACUAUGCGGAAGAGGUGUUUCUACAUUAUAUACUCAGAAACUUGCAAAGCACAAAACGUCUAGAUGUUGUCUGGGACCGGUGUAUAGCCAACAGCCUGAAGAACUCAGCGAGACAGAGAAGGGGAUCCGGCAACCGCAUUAUAGCCAACAGCUGUACACCCGUUCCAAAAAACUGGGAGAGUUUUCUCCGAGAGGAUCAAAAUAAGGAUGAGCUCUAUCACUACUUAUCUGAUUGUAUUUCAAGUCUCCCCACUCCCGGAAAGGAACUAUACAGCACACAAGACACUGGUGUUGUACUCUAUCUUCACAUCAGUGCAACAUAGGACCUGAUCUGGCUCCAUGUGAUCACGAAGAAGCCGAUACAAGGCUCUUCUUAUAUGCUCUCCACUGUGCACAGAAAGGUUUUCACAAACUAUUGAUCAGAUCAGAGGACACUGAUGUUGUUGUCCUUGCAAUAGCCACCUUCCAUGCUCUCUCUCUUGAGGAACUGUGGAUUGCUUUUGGAAUAAAGAAGAACUACAGGAUAAUACCAGCCCAUACCAUUACAAACUGCCUUGGGCAAGAAAAGGCCAAAGCUCUAUUCUUCUUUCAUGCCUUCAGUGGCUGUGACACAUCAUCAUCGUUCAGCAGUGUUGGCAAGAAAACAGCUUGGGACACCUGGACAUCAUUCCCAGAGGUAACAGAAACAUUUAUAUGCCUAUCUGACAGGCCAACAUCAAUCUCAGAUGAGAAUAUCAAGCAGCUGCAAAGAUUUGUCAUACUUCUUUAUGACAGAACAAGUGACUGCACAGAAGUGAAUCAGGCAAGGAAGAUUCAGUUUGCUCGAGGGAGGCAGCUCGAUCGCAUUCCUCCUAGAGAUGCUGCCCUUAUUGAGCACAUUAAAAGAGCUGCUUACCAAGCUGGAUAUGUUUGGGGUCAGGCAACAGUAGCUUAACAGCAGCUACCCAGCCCACAGAUCUGGGGAUGGACAACUGACACCAGUGGUCAAUGGAUCCUUUUCUGGACAGCACUUCCAGAGGCAGCCAAGUCAUGCAAGGAACUUGUCAAAUGUGGGAGCAAGAGGUCCUGCAGGCCACCUUGCAAAUGCUUCACUGCUUCCAUUCCAUGUACGGAACUUUGCAGUUGUGCUGGAACUUGCUAUCACAGUGCUCUGUGUUUUAAAUGCAAGAUACAGUUGAUUCAAGUUUCUAUGUGUCCUGAGAGCUGACAUAUUGCUAAACAUAUUAUUUUUUCCAUGGCAGCCAUUUUUAAAUUUAAGAUCGUGGCCGUAAAGGUGGUCAGAUCACGCGAGUCUUGCUCUCCUCCGAAAGAGAAUACAAAAUUGUACCUGUUUACAUUUUUUCACACUUUUGUCACAUUAUGAACGAUUGUUUCCCUAAUCUCCUGUACUACAUGGAGUGAGCAGGAGGAGAAGGACGGAGCGGAAGAGGAGGAGGGAGUUGAUUUUUACGGAUUUACCUUUUGUCCUUUUUUUCAAUAAGUUUUUUUUCAUUCACUUAAGUGUUCAUAGACUGACAUGUUGUACGUCAUUUCAAU